UCUCAAAGGUCUUCCAACAUCCUCAAGCUCUCUCUUUUCUCCACAAUGUUCGAAGCCUAAAGUUUUCCAGGAAAAAAUAAUCCCUGUUUGUUUCUGACGAAAAAAAAAAAAAAGGAAAAAUCCAUUUUCAUUUUUUUUUCUGCAGAAUAUGGCAACCCAAAAACCCCAAAGAACUCCAGAAGAAGUUGAGGAUAUAAUCUUAAGAAAAAUCUUCCUUGUAACCCUUAAAGAAAACCAAGAAAACUCUUCUUCUGAUCCAAAGGUAGUUUACCUUGAGAGGACCGCAGCUGAGAUCUUAAGUGAAGGAAAAAGUCUUUUACUUUCACGUGAUUUAAUGGAAAGGGUUUUAAUUGAUCGUCUUUCUGGUGACUUUCCCAAUUCCGAAUCUCCUUUUCUUUAUCUCAUUGGUUGUUAUAGAAGAGCUCAUGAAGAAAUCAAGAAGAUUUCCAACAUGAAAGACAAAACGCUGCGUUCUGAGAUGGAGGCUGCUGCUAAACAGGCUAAGAAGUUGGCUGCUUCUUAUGCUAGGAUUCAUCUGGGAAAUCCUGAGUGGUUUUCUAAUGGGAAUUUAAGGGAUAGUAACUUGAAAACGGGUUCUUCUUUGUCUUCGAAUUCGCCUUUGUUGCCAUUACUUUUUGCUGAAGUUUCAAGUGGAGUAAUGCUUGAUGGGUUUGGAGGGAAUGAAUUGGGAAGUGGGGUAGACUGCCCACCAGGGUUCUUGGAGGAGUUCUUUAAGGAUUCAGAUUUUGAUACUUUAGACCAGAUUUUAAAAGGGUUGUAUGAGGAUUUAAGAGGGAGUGUUUUGAAAGUUUCAGCUUUGGGGAAUUUUCAGCAACCUUUGAGGGCUUUGUUGUAUUUGGCACAUUUCCCUGUUUGUGCUAAGAGUUUGGUUAAUCAUCCUUGGUGGAUACCUAAAGGGGUUUACUUGAAUGGACGUGUUAUUGAAAUGACUAGCAUUUUGGGUCCCUUUUUUCAUGUUAGUGCUUUGCCCGAUCAUACCAUUUUCAAGAGCCAGCCCGAUGUUGGCCAGCAGUGCUUCUCAGAAGCAUCAACUCGACGGCAAGAUAACUCAUUCAUCAAGACUAUCAUGAAUACUUUAUAUGACGGUCUGGCAGAAGUUCUUCUGUGUCUCCUUAAAAAUACUGAGACCCGUGAGAGUGUCCUUGAGUAUCUUGCAGAAGUCAUCAAUAAAAAUGCAUCCAGGGCCCAUAUACAGGUUGAUCCUAUAUCUUGUGCUAGUUCUGGAAUGUUUGUCAAUCUCAGUGCUGUUAUGCUUCGACUUUGUGAACCGUUUUUGGAUGCAAAUUUAACAAAAAGAGAUAAGAUUGACCCAAACUAUGUUUUUUACAGUAAUCGUUUGGAUUUGAGGGGGCUAACUGCUCUGCAUGCAACCUCAGAAGAAGUUUCUGAAUGGAUGAACAAAGAUAAUCCUGUAAAAACUGAUGGGACCAGACCACAUGGCGAUGGUGAAAAUCGUCUGCUGCAAUCUCAAGAAGCUACCAGUUCUGGAAGUACCCUCAGUGUGAAGCCAACCUCAAGUAGUGGUGAAAAAGCUAAAUAUCCAUUUAUUUGUGAAUGCUUCUUUAUGACUGCUAGGGUACUCAACUUGGGCCUCCUAAAGGCAUUUUCUGACUUCAAGCAUCUAGUCCAGGACAUUUCAAGAUGUGAAGAUACUCUUGCCACCUUAAAAGCUAUGCAAGGACAGGCACCUUCUUCACAACUGGAGCUGGAUAUAUCUAGGCUUGAGAAAGAAAUAGAACUAUAUUCGCAGGAAAAAUUUUGUUAUGAGGCUCAAAUUUUGAAGGAUGGGGCGCUUAUUCAACAUGCACUUUCAUUCUAUCGACUAAUGGUGAUUUGGUUAGUUGGCUUGGUUGGCGGAUUUAAAAUGCCUCUACCAUCUACUUGUCCAAUGGAAUUUGCUUCUAUGCCAGAGCACUUUGUGGAAGAUGCUAUGGAACUAUUAAUAUUUUCCUCCCGGAUUCCAAGAGCUUUGGAUGGGGUUUUACUGGAUGACUUUAUGAAUUUUAUUAUUAUGUUUAUGGCAAGUCCCCAAUUUAUCAACAACCCCUAUCUCAGAGCAAAAAUGGUUGAAGUUUUGAACUGUUGGAUGCCCCGUGGAAGUGGUUCAUCUGCCACAUCUACACUAUUUGACGGGCAUCAAUUGUCCUUGGAAUAUCUUGUGAGGAAUCUUUUGAAGCUUUAUGUUGACAUUGAGUUCACAGGUUCUCAUACACAGUUCUAUGAUAAGUUCAACAUUCGCCAUAAUAUUGCUGAACUUCUUGAAUACCUUUGGCAAGUUCCUAGUCAUCGUAAUGCGUGGAAACAGAUUGCUAAGGAAGAAGAAAAGGGUGUUUAUCUGAAUUUCUUGAACUUCCUGAUCAACGAUAGCAUCUACCUCCUUGAUGAAAGUCUCAACAAAAUUCUUGAACUCAAAGAGCUUGAAGCUGAGAUGUCAAAUUCUGCAGAAUGGGAGCGGAGGUCAGCUCAGGAAAGGCAAGAGAGAACUCGACUAUUCCACUCCCAGGAGAACAUUAUACGGAUUGAUAUGAAGUUGGCUAAUGAGGAUGUUAGUAUGCUGGCAUUUACAUCUGAGCAGAUUACAGCUCCUUUUCUACUCCCUGAGAUGGUUGAAAGAGUGGCCAGUAUGCUCAAUUACUUUUUAUUGCAACUAGUGGGCCCUCAAAGAAAAUCUCUUAGUCUGAAAGAUCCUGUAAAGUACGAAUUCCGUCCAAAAGAAUUACUCGAGCAGAUUGUCCGCAUAUAUGUUCAUCUGGCAAGGGGUGACGCCAAAAACAUAUUUCCGGCAGCUAUCUCCAGUGAUGGUCGUUCAUACAAUGAACAGUUGUUUAGUGCUGCAGCAGACGUGCUUCGGAGAAUUGGCAUGGAUGGGAGGAUUAUAGAAGAUUUUAUUGAACUUGGUGCGAAGGCCAAGGCUGCAGCUUCUGAGGCCAUGGACACUGAAGCUGCCCUUGGAGAUAUACCCGAUGAAUUCCUUGAUCCGAUUCAAUAUACUUUAAUGAAGGAUCCAGUGAUUUUACCAUCUUCAAGGAUCACAGUAGACAGACCUGUCAUCCAGAGACAUCUUCUAAGUGAUAGUACUGACCCAUUCAAUCGAUCCCAUCUUACCGCGGAUAUGCUGAUUCCACACACUGAAUUGAAGGCACGAAUUCAGGAGUUUAUUAGGUCCCAUGAAUUGAAGAGGCGUGGAGAAGGUUUAAACAUGCAGAGCUCCAAGGGAACAAUACAACCAACAAGUGGGGAAAUGUUAAUUGACUAGGGCAGGCCUUGUAAGAUUACAUUAUGAUGAUGGAUUACGUUUUAUAUUGUUGUGAAUGGUGGACAGGUGCAAUGUAUCUAGUUUAAAUGUCAAUCAUAUUUCAUAUAGAAGUCAACCUUACUGGGAAAACUCUUGAAGUGUCUUAGCCAGUAAAGUUUCUGAAACAAUACUGCACAAAAAGGAUAAAUUAUAUGAAAUCAAAUACAUGUAUGAAUAAUCCAAUUGUUUUAUGCAUAAGUUCCAAUGAAGCUGAGCUAGCUCCGCUCUGUUUGCUGU